AUGAGCAAUCAAUUAUCUAUCGGUAACGAGUUGAAAGAUUCCUUCAAGGAGACCUAUAAAUGGGUAAAUACGAAUAUAAAAUGGUUAAAGGAUAUAGAAGCAUUCUACAGAGAAAGAGCAAAAUUGGAAAAGGAAUAUAGUGAGAGGCUCAAUUCAUUGACAAGUGAGUAUUUCAAUAAGAAAAAUAACGUUACUGUGUCCUUAUCUGUGGGUGAGACCCCAACAAAGACACCCGGUUCUGUUGAAUCAGCUACUGUUGUCACUUGGAAUGAAAUUUUGAAACAGACUGAACAGGUUUCUAAGGACCACAAUCAACUAGGAAAUGACUUUGAGGCCAAAAUCUGUGCCCAACUAAACGGCCUAUACACGAAGUUAGAUAUGACCUUGGGUAAAAUCAAUGGCUUCAACGAAGAAAUGGAAAAUAAAAGAAAAAUAUCCAUGGUAGAAGUUGAGAAAGCCAAAAAGGCAUACGAUGAAUCUUGCGAAAGUAUGGAAAAUGCGAGAAAUAAAGCUACCAAAUCUGGUAAUGAUAGAAAUAAGAGAAAACUUCAAGAAAAAGAAGUCUCAAUGAAUAAUAGUAAAAAUAAUUACCUCAUAAAGAUAAAUCAAGCGAAUAGAAUCAAGGACAAAUUCUAUUUUCAGGAUGUUCCAGAAGUGGUUGAUCUUUUACAGGAUCUAAAUGAGACGAGAAUAUUAUUCUUGAAUAAUAUCUGGCUAAGUGCCAGUGAUGUGGAGAAGAAAUUUAGUGAUAGUAUUACUUCACGUCUCACAGCAUCAAACAAUGUUAUUAAGCAAGACAAACCAUCGCUUGGUACAGCAAUGUUCAUAAAACAUAAUGUAAAAAGUUGGAAGGAGCCAAGCGACUAUCAAUUCAGACCUUCUCCAAUUUGGCAUGAUGAUGAAGCGUUCACAGUACCAAGUGCUCAGGAACUUAAAUUUUUGAAGCUUGAGUUAGCCAAGGCAGAACAACAAUUCGACAAGUUGAAUGAUAUAACUCAAGAUGAGUUGCAGAAAUUGGCAGCGUUUAAUAAAAAGAAGCAAGAGUUGAAAUCCAAUGAGGACACACUUGACGCUAACGAAUUUUAUGAAAAUUUGAAGAAUUAUUUGAAAUUUAUUUCUUCUUUCACAUUGCAUGAGACCAAUAAAUUAGUGGCUGAAGUAUCGAUGGAGAGUAUUCAAAAUAAUGUCCCUAAAGAGAUGGAUUUAUCUACUGAUAAUAUCGAUGUCUCAAAAUUGAAGAAAAAAGGCGGCCUUUUCUCUAAAUUCAAAAAAAAUGUGCUAAAUGUUGAUGCUGGUACUUCAACAAGUACCUCUCAGAAUAAUUCUAAUAGAAUCUCUGUCUUUAGCUCACGUACAAGGUCCUCUACUACAACAACACAAACGGAACAUGAAAAUCAAAGUAUUGAAAGUAACCAUAACAAAAACAAAGUCCUUUACGCAUAUGCAAAACAAGAUGCAGAUGAAAUUGAUGUUACGCCCGGUGAUGUCUUUGAUGUGAUUGAAGCCGAUACUGGUUCUGGGUGGACCAAAAUUAAGAACCUAUCUCAAGGUCAUGCAGUAGGUGUCGUUCCUACAUCAUACAUUGAAAUUGGCGAGCCAGUUAGGGCAAAACCAAGCGUACCACCUCCAAGAAGGAAACAUGUAAGAACUCUUGAAGUUGUUUUUGACUAUGUAGCACAGGGUGAUGACGAAAUUAGUAUCAAUGUGGGUGAUGUUGUCACAGUCAUAAAGGGCGAUGAUGGUAGUGGAUGGACUUAUGGAGAAUUGAAUGGACUAAAAGGUUUAGUACCAACAAGUUAUUGUAAAUAA